GCUGAGGACUCUCGGUGAUGAUGUCAUUGUUGUCCAGCAUGGACAGCCUGGUGGUUCUUCUGCUCCUGUCCUGGUCCACACUGCAGCUUCUCAGCACCAAUGGAAACACUCACAGGAGCUUUGGGGCGCCAGCACUCAACAGGACCAGCAGGACCUCGGCCAGGAGACUUCGAGCUGUCAAUGGACUCAAACCUAUCAACUGCAGACUGGAGAGCUGGACUCCAUGGACGCCAUGUGACUCUUGCACUGACCACAAGUUGCGUUUCCGAAAGCUGGAGCAAGCGUCUCAGUUUGGUGGGACGGCGUGCUUUGAGAGCCUGUGGGAGACCUUGGCGUGUCCGGCGACAAGUGCCCCGUGUUUGAUGCCCGACUACUGCGGCCGGAGCGUCACCUGCAAGGAGACAGGCCAGUUCAGUAUUUGGUGUUGCGUUGCCAUGGCAACACUGGAGACGUUCUCCUCUGCUAACCAGCAUGACUUCCACGGUGUAGGACGCUGCAUCAGCCCGUCUCUUCGCUGCAACGGAGAAGCAGACUGCGAUGAUCUUUCCGACGAAGACGAUUGUGAAGUCCUCAAUCUGAGGAAGGACAAGUGUUCCACACUCUUCAGCGUUCCUGGCGCCGAGCGUGGAACUCAGGGCUAUAAUGCCUUAACUGGGGAAUUUGUGGACCAGGUGCUGGACCCCAAGUACUUUGGAGGGAAAUGUGACUACGUCUACAACGGUGACUGGAGGAAGUUCACCUACGACGCCUUCUGUGAAAAUCUGCACUACAACGAAGAUGAGAAGAACUACCGCCAGCCUUACAACUACCACACUUACCAAUUUGUGGCGGAGGCGACGUCCGAAGGCUCCAAGGAAUAUUACAGUGACGCGCUGGACCUGCUCAGCGCCAGGAGGACUAUAAGCUCCUCCCACCGGGCCGGCACCGUCGGCAUCUAUUAUGUGGAAGUGGGAGUCGGGGGGAGUAAAGAGUCACACUUUUUAAGGAACUUAACACAACAUAAAAGCCAGGACUUGGGCUUCAUCAGGCUGGUGUCCAGCGUGGAAACAGCUCACUUCAAGAUGAGAAGUGAGAAGCUGGAGCUGCAUGAGGACUUCUACCUGUCUCUGAUGGCGCUCCCAGACCAGUACCACUUUGGCGCCUACUCGCGCUUCUUCGACACCUUCGGCACUCACUACGUCACCCAGGGAGUCAUGGGAGGAACCCUGGAGUACGUGGUGGUGGUCAACAAAACAUCCAUGGCAGAAUCAAAACUGGAGGAGAAGCAGGUCGGGUCUUGCCUGGGCGCCUCCCUGGGUCUGAACUACCCUCUCCAAGGCUACGGCACAGCAUCCCUCUCUGUGGGGGGAGACUUGUGUAAGAAACAUGGAACACUACAUCAAGACAGCGACACAGGUUCAGCCGUGAUUGAGGACAUCAUCACCAUGGUAACGGGGGGCUACACAGACACCAGCAGCAGCUUGUUGACCAUCAGGGACCCCGAGACUUACCGCAAGUGGGGGGCAAGUCUUAAAUACAACCCAGCAGUCAUCAAGUACGAGACCAUGCCCCUCCACGAGCUAGUGCGCUUCAGCACAGCUUCUGACCACGUAGGAGCGCGACUGGCCAACCUUCAGAGGGGCUUGGAUGAAUACCAGCAGCAGUUCAGUUCCUGCCGCUGCGCCCCCUGCAGAAAUAACGGUGUGCCCGUACUGACCGCUACUUCCUGCAGCUGCAUCUGCAAGGCCGGCUACCAAGGAAUAGCCUGCCAGGACACCCUGCGACCAGACACCAGCACAGACGGGUCCUGGUCCUGUUGGGGAACUUGGUCUCCUUGUACUUCAGGAAGCAAAAGACGGACCAGGGUCUGCAACAAUCCUCCACCUGAUGGAGGCGGGGCUACAUGUCUUGGCUCCUCCUCCCAGACGCAGCGCUGUUGAUGCUGCUCUGAGUUCAACUUCCUGUUUGAAUAAAAGGAGCAAAGUAUUGAAACU